CUUCUAGUGUAGGUGCUAGAAAUGCCUUCUUGGUUGUUUCUAUUUAAUUGCUUUUCUUUCACGGGUGUCCUGAAGAAAAGCAGAAAAUUACAGUCAUCUGGCAAAAAAGAUUAAAAAGAAAUUAGACUUUGUCCCCUUCCACUCUCUCUCUCUCUCUGUACACACACACACACACACACACACACACACACACACACGCACACACACACACAUGCUCUGAUACAAAUACCUGUUUAAGCCCCUCUGUUAUUUCCUCUCAAGGGCUGAAGUCAGCCACACAGGAUAAAGGAGGGAACGGAAGGAACAGAUCUUUUCGGGAAGAAGACAGAUUUUGUUCUGUCAGGUUCCUUGCAAGAGCAAGUCAAAGCAGAGAGAGAGGAGAGAGCAAAAGAGAGGGGGAGAGGGGAUCUGUUGCAGGCAGGGGAAGGCGUGACCUGAAUGGAGAAUGCCAGCCAAUUCCAGAGACACACAGGGACCUCAGAACAAAGAUAAGGCAUCGCGGACACCACACCGGGCACGAGCUCACAGGCAAGUCAGGCUGGGAGGAUCAAGGCCGGGCAGCCGGGAGCACCCAAGGCAGGAAAAUGAGGUGGCUGCUUCUCUAUCAUGCUCUGUGCUUCUCCCUGUCAAAGGCUUCAGCCCAUACCGUGGAGCUAAACAAUAUGUUUGGCCAGAUUCAGUCGCCUGGUUAUCCAGACUCCUAUCCCAGUGAUUCGGAGGUGACUUGGAAUAUCACUGUCCCAGAUGGGUUUCGGAUCAAGCUUUACUUCAUGCACUUCAACUUGGAAUCCUCCUACCUUUGUGAAUAUGACUAUGUGAAGGUAGAAACUGAAGACCAGGUGUUGGCAACGUUCUGUGGCAGGGAGACCACAGACACAGAGCAGACUCCCGGCAAGGAGGUGGUCCUCUCUCCUGGUUCCUUCAUGUCCAUCACUUUCCGGUCAGAUUUCUCCAAUGAGGAGCGAUUCACAGGCUUUGAUGCCCACUACAUGGCUGUGGAUGUGGACGAGUGCAAGGAGAGGGAGGACGAGGAGCUGUCCUGUGACCACUACUGCCACAACUACAUUGGUGGCUACUACUGCUCCUGCCGCUUUGGCUACAUCCUCCACACAGACAACAGGACCUGCCGAGUGGAGUGCAGUGACAACCUCUUCACCCAAAGGACUGGGGUGAUCACCAGCCCUGACUUCCCAAACCCUUACCCCAAGAGCUCUGAAUGCCUCUAUACCAUCAAGCUGGAAGAGGGUUUCAUGGUCAGCCUGCAGUUCGAGGACAUUUUUGACAUUGAAGACCAUCCUGACGUGUCCUGCCCUUAUGACUACAUUAAGGUCAAAGUUGGUCCAAAAGUUUGGGGGCCAUUCUGUGGAGAGAAAGCCCCAGAACCCAUCAACACCCAGAGCCACCGCGUCCUGAUCCUGUUCCAUAGCGACAACUCGGGCGAGAACCGGGGCUGGAGGCUCUCAUACAGGGCUGCAGGAAAUGAGUGCCCCGAGCUGCGGCCUCCUGUCCAUGGGAAACUCGAGCCCUCCCAAGCCAAGUAUUCCUUCAAAGACCAAGUGCUCGUCAGCUGUGACACAGGCUACAAAGUGCUGAAGGAUAAUGUGGAGAUGGACACAUUCCAGAUUGAGUGUCUGAAGGAUGGGACGUGGAGUAACAAGAUUCCCACCUGUAAAAUUGUAGACUGUAGAACCCCGGGGGAGCUGGAACACGGGCUGGUCACCUUCUCCACAAGGAACAACCUCACCACAUACAAGUCUGAGAUCAAAUACUCCUGCCAGGAGCCUUAUUACAAGAUGCUCAACAAUAUCACAGGUAUAUAUACCUGUUCUGCCCAAGGAGUCUGGAUGAAUAAAGUGCUGGGGAGAAGCCUGCCCACCUGCCUUCCAGUGUGUGGGCUCCCCAAGGUCUCCAGGAAGCUGCUCGCCAGGAUCUUCAAUGGACGCCCAGCCCAGAAGGGCACCACUCCUUGGAUUGCCAUGCUAUCACACCCGAAUGGGCAGCCCUUCUGUGGGGGUUCCCUUCUAGGGUCCAGCUGGAUUGUGACCGCUGCACACUGCCUCCACCAGUCACUUGAUCCAGAAGAUCCCACCCUACAUGCCUCAGACUUGCUCAGCCCUUCUGACUUCAAAAUCAUCCUGGGCAAGCAUUGGAGGCUCCAGUCAGAUGAAAAUGAACAGCAUCUCAGGGUCAAACACAUCACUCUCCAUCCCCAGUAUGUCCCCAGCACAUUCGAGAAUGACGUGGCUCUGGUGGAGCUGUUGGAGAGCCCAGUGCUGAACACCUUCGUGAUGCCCAUCUGUCUCCCCGAGGGACCCCAGCAGGAAGGAGCCAUGGUCAUCGUCAGUGGCUGGGGGAAGCAGUUCUUGCAAAGAUUCCCAGAGACCCUGAUGGAGAUUGAAAUCCCGACCGUUGACCAUGGCACCUGUCAGAAGGCCUAUGCCCCACUGAAGAAGAAAGUGACCAUGGACAUGAUCUGUGCUGGGGAGAAGGAAGGAGGAAAGGAUGCCUGUGCAGGUGACUCUGGAGGCCCCAUGGUGACCCUUAAUCGAGAAAGAGGCCAUUGGCACCUGGUAGGUAUUGUGUCCUGGGGUGACGACUGCGGGAAGAAGGACCGCUAUGGAGUGUACUCCUCCAUCCACCACAACAAGGACUGGAUCCAGAGAGUCACCAGAGUGAAGAACUGAAUUUGGUUCCUCAGCCCCAGCAGCACCUGCUAUGGUCAGUCAGCAGCAGAAGACAGUCCUCUGAUGCAAGCGACCAUUUCUCCUUUCCUUCCUCCCUGCCCCCUCCUUCAGCCUAUCCAUUCCUGGGCAAUAGAGCAGGUAUCUUUGCUCCCUUUCACUGUCUUUAAAGAGGCAGAGCAGGGAAGUGGUCAGAACACAAGGCCAAAUCCAGGCUCUACCACUUACUAAUUUGCAGUGCUGGGCAGGUGGCUUCACCUCUUCAAACCUCAGUUUCUUCAUAAGAUGGAAAUGGUAUACCUUACCUACCUCAUAAGGGUCUGAGGAGGAAAAAAUUAACAGAGAUAUAGCACUUAAGAGUGCAGAACAUGCACUAAGUUCUCAAUAAUUGCAACUUAGCAGAAGGUCAGCGUGUCUACCAGGCAGACGAAGCUCUCUUACAAACCCUGCCUGGGUCUGAGGGUUGAUCAGGGACACGCCUCUCCUCUCAGCCUUGACCAUCUCCACCUGCCCUUAAAUGUUCUAUGCUUUUUUGCCACCAUGCAACUUUCCCCGCAUCAGUCUUCACCCUCACCCCUAAAAAAGUAAAACAGACAAGAUUCUGAGUCCUCCGGUAUGCCCCCUAGCUAUGUGGCUAGGAACAUGCGCUAGAUAAUAGGCUGCAGGAGCGCCUGGGAGAAGCAGGUACAGGAGGGAUCCUGGGAAUUGUGUUUUCGGAAGGCAGACACCUGGUUCUAGAUUUAACUCUGCCUUUCGCCACCUGGAUGACCCUAUGCAAGUCCCUUUCCCUCAUCUCAAAGGGCCCUCCAACCUCUGAGGAUCUAAGAUACAAUGAAGCCAUUUUCCCCCUGAUAAGAUGAGUUAAAGCCAAUGUAACCAAAAGGCAAAAAUUACAUUAGGUUCAAAGGAACUUUGAUGCAGACAAAACUUUGCUGCUCCUGCAAUAUCCACCCCUUUCCACUAUGAGCGAGUUCCCAAGGACAUAGGCCAGGCAAAGUGCAAUCAAGAGAUCCCUCCUUAUUCUUUAGCAAAGCAUCUGCUGUGGGCCCUGGCCUCCUUCCCAUCUUGGGAAACUGGGCUGCACCAGGUGAGCGCUGGUAGUUUGUACCCCAGUCCCUGCACUCUUCCUUCCUAUGUUCACAGCUGACCCCAAGCAGCUGUUUCCCGACUCCUCACCCUUGAGCCUCACCCUGAACUCCCUAACCUUGCAAGGCCAUAAGUGUUUUCCAAGCAGAAUGCCUCUCCCAUCCUCUCUCAGGAAGCUUCUAGAGACCUUUUGCCCUACAGAGCUCCAAGAUAUAAGCCUUCCUAGGGAUCAGAAGCUCUAAGUUCCUGUCUUCCGUUUUGUAGAAACUGAUCUUCCCCGGGGAUUUUAACUCUUGACCUGUAUGCAGCUGCUGGAAUAAUUCCAGGUCUCUUACUGAAAAAAAAAGAGGAAGAUAAUUGACAAUGAGAACUUAUAUAUAUUAAGCCCUAGGCUGAAUACUCAGGGACAGCCAUUCACAGCCUGCCUCUGGUUCUAUAAACAAGUCAUUCUACCUGUCUGUGCCCUGCUGUUUAUUCUGUAAAGGGAAGGUGGCAAUGCGACCCAGCUGCAUCAGACACUUGUCAAGCUAGCAGGAGCUCCAUUUUAAAUACCAAAGAAGAACUGUGAUGCAGUUUGGGAAUCACCCCCAAGGCAUUCCAAGACACCAUACCUUCCCAUUUCAAGCACUGCCUGGGCACAACCCAACGUCCCAGGCUGUGCUGACUGCUGUGGGAACUACCUAGAUGAGGAGUGUAUCAUUCAUGCCUUCUAGAAGCUCCUAUUGGAUGGCAUGAAACAUAUGUAAGUGACUACUGUGUAGCAGAAUAAACUCGGCCAAGUGCUGUUUUGGGGAGUCAUGGAGGUAAAAGAAAGACCAUUCUGGCAUGAAGGUGUUGGGGGAGGAGAUAUCAAUCAAGAAAGCUUUCCAGAAGAGAUGGUUGGACCAGAGCCUUGAGAAGAGUGGACGUUUCCACAGAUAAGACAGAGGCAGGCCUUCCAGCUGGAGGGAGAACAAUAGUAAAUGUCCACUCAAGGUUUCUUUUAUUAUACCAGCUCCUCCCACAAAAACACGUGUCCAGUAGACCCGUGUUCUGGGAUCAGAACCAACACCAAAAAGAGCUUUUCUCCUUAAAGUUUGAAUUCUAAACAGAAUGUGAAAUGGCCUCAAGAUUUGUGCACAAAUACUGACUUCUGGCUGGACCCAGUUUAUUGUUUAUUCUUCCAAUUGCAAUUUCAUUCUUAUUCUGAGAAAAUGUCUAAGUAGGUCACGGAACCCAGGCUUCUCCUUAAUCCACAAGCACUGAUUAGAUGUGCCAGCUCCUGCACUGUUGCUAAGGUCCAAAAAACCCAAAUAUCUCAGAGAGCCAUAGAAGUAGAGGGUUGAAGUGUCUGUGAGGACCACCUUUUCUAACAUCACGACCUCAUUCUUGAGCAUCUCUAAUGAUGAGAAACUCACUACCACCAAAAGCAGCUCAUUCCAACUUUAAAAUUGCUGCCUUUUGAAUUAAUUGUGCAUAUUAAUUUUUUAAAAAUAAAUAAGAAAAAUUUUUUAAUGUGCCACCUCUUAAAAAGAUCUCCUCUUUGUGCAACCAAAGCCCACCUCUCUAGAAUACAGUUGGUGUAACUGAAGCUGUAAUUUCAACCAUGAGUGCUGCUGUUAGCAAUCAUACUCACGCCUGGUUUUUAUGAACAACAGAAGCUGUUGUUCUUAUGGAAAACCAAACAUUCGUUCCAAUAAACAUCUGCAUUGAGUCAAA